UUCCUCUUCAUUCUCAGAGAAGACGCGUGAAGAUGUCGGAUCAAUAUAGUGGUUAUACCGCAGGGGCAGUUGGGGCCCAACCCAGCUACAACUAUUCAGGUUACAGUAGUACGGAAAGCAGUGGGUACACCCAACCUGCCAGCUAUGCUCAACAGCCUGCAGCAGGUACAGCAGCUUAUGGCCAGAAUUACAGUUAUGGACAGACAGGCUACACCCAGGCAGCCCCGCAGGCAACGCAGCAGACUUCUUAUGACCAAACUUCAUAUGCUCAGACAGCCCCCUCCACUCAGCAAGCUUACGGACAGUACGGCCAACAAAGUUACUCUCAGCAGCCAAGUGACAACUCGGGCUACGGCCAGACGGCUUCUUAUUCUCAACCAGGUUAUGGUCAGACUGCUGCGCAGACCACGAGCAGUUCGUACGGCCAACAGAGCUACGGACAGCAGUCUCAGCCUCAGCAGAGCAGUUACACCAGUCCUCCACAGCAACAGUCUCAAAGCUACGGGGCCCAGCAGCAACAGAGCUACGGGGGGCAGUCACAGGGGGGCUACGACAGCAGCAGUUACGGCAGUGACCAGUCCAGUGGAUACGGAGGUCGCUAUGGUAGCGGAGGUAGUAGCGGGGGACCAGGGGGUGGUGGUGGCAGUAGUUAUGGCGGAGGACGCGGUGGAGGUUACAACAAAGGUGGUAACAGUUCCUAUGGCGCAGGAGAACAAAUGGAGACACAGGUGGACACUAUAUUCGUGUCCGGGCUCCCUGACACCGUCAAUGAAGAGGACCUGAAAAAACACUUCGGCAGUAUUGGCAUCAUUAAGAUGGACAAGAAGACCAUGUCCCCUAAAAUCUGGAUCUACAAAGAUAAAAUGACAAACCGGCCGAAGGGGGAGGCAACUGUGACGUUUGAUGAUCCGGAGACUGCCAGCGCAGCCAUCAAGUGGUUUAAUGGUCAGCCUUUCUUGGGAGGUCCCGUUGUGAAUGUGGAGUUGGCCCAGAGGAAAGCCUCUUCCUUCUCAAUGAGGGGAGGACGAGGUGGACGAGGAGGCGGACGUGGUGGAGGACGUGGUGGAUUUGAUGGAGAUCGUGGCCGAGGAGGCGGCGGUGGUGGAGGAGGAGGUGGUCAACCAAGACAAGGUGACUGGAUCUGUCCACAAGAGAGCUGUGCUAACACCAACUUUGGCUGGAGAAAUGAGUGUAACCGGUGUCGUACCCCUAGGCCAGAUGGAGAGGGCGGAUUUGACGAUGAUGGUGGUCGGCGAGGUCGGGGCCGUGGACGUGGCUUUGGUGGUGGCCGUGGAGGAUUUGGUGACCGUGGUGGCCGGGGAGGCAGAGGUGGAUUCGGAGGAGGCCGUGGUGGUUUUGGUGACCGUGGAGGUCGUGGUGGGUUCCGUGGAGGCCCCAGAGGAGGGUACGGUGACCGUGGGGAUAGAGGCCGUGGAGGCCGUGACGACAGAGGCGAUAGGAGACCAAGACCGUACUGAGAAAAACAAAGUUUUACUCUUUUAAACUCCUAGAGUGUUUUCUUUAUUUUAUUUCCUGGCCAUGUUUCCGAUUCCUAUAAAAUGGAUCAAAACAUUUGGGUGGAAAUCCAUGUGACUAUUCAAAUAUAUGUUAAUGUCUUCAAACUCGUCAUCACAAUCACUGUUCAUUUCAUUCACCCAUUUGUCAAUUCAUUGCCUCAUUUGGCGAAAACAUUGUGACGUGUUUUCUUGUAAUAAAAUGUCAGAAAUUAUACGAA